CUAGACUUGUGGCCGCAGUCAGUGAAGGGAAUUACCUUGUCUUUGUCACCUGAUUAACCAACGAGUGACUCAAAACUCAAACACCUUAGUUGGUGGCAAAUUAAGCGUAAAGAAGGAGUCGGCUCUCAGGAGGCGGGACGCGUCAUUUACUUAAUCAUUCCCUGGGGACCCCUCCACGAGAGAGAAGCCUAUGUUUAACGGUCUAGCAUCGGAUUCUUGGGGACGAGGUGUUCAUUGGCCAUUGUUAUCUAUUAUAAAGCCAUUAUCAGUCAAUUAACAUGGUUAGGUGAAAUAGGGGUUGUCCUCCUUUUGAUAAGAAAGUGACCGGACGUGACCUUUUGAUCGGACACCCACUGGUCAUUAUUAGGAAAUUCCAAUGUUAUGUUCUAUUAAUCACUGACCAUGCUUGGUCUGCCACUGAGGGACGCUGUGGAUCUGUAAACAUUGCUGGACACGGGGUUACAAUACGCGGGUCUAGAGGGCUAGCCGUUUACGCUCCCCGGCCUUUGUUAUUGUGUAAUACGUUAAAAUAACGCAUAGUCCGAGCUAUAAUUGAUCCACACGCGCCAUCUUUGACCAGCUUGGUGUUUCUUGACUCUGAAUAUUUGGAUUAAAUUAACGGUGUUAAACACCAGAUCAAAAGAAGAGAAAAGACAGGAGAAAAUUACGUUAUUAUCCGCAUCGCCCGUGGCAUAGCGGAACAUUUAUCCUGCACAAUCACUCUCACGGGUGACCGGUAUUAAACACAAGGUGACAAUCACCGACGUCCGGCCGCGGAGGGACCUCCCUUCUCGCACGAGACCGUCGGCGCCAGGCGAGCAGGGCCUUUCUUCUUCUUAAUGUUGCGUAUUUCAAUAAAUAAAGGAAAUGAAAAUGUCGUGCUCCCGAUAUCGUCCCGUGGCGUGUUGAUGUUAAAGGUGUGAACACGGGGGAGACAUCCCACACCUUACCGUCUCUCCUCUCUCCCUCUCAUCCCGUCCACUUCUCUGGUUGGCUGGUUCGUUCCUGCCUUAAUGGUGACGGCAGAUAGAGGUCGGUGUGCUGAUAUCUGAGGCAGCAGUUGGUCCGUGUGUUAGCUUACCUGAACGUGGUGAGAUCCCGGUAGCUGAACCACAGCCACAGCGUCUUAAUGCGGGCUACGUGAGGUUACGCUACAGAGAAACCAAACGCUGCUGAUUUUGAGGCUUACUUCAGAAGAACUGAGACCAGUGCAAAUAUUUCAUUCCGCGUGUAUUGUUUUUAUUAGAAGGCAACUGCGGAGACUGGAGUGUUUUUACUGAGAUCCACAGAGAGGAGGAAAACCGCAUGAAAAUCCGAUACAUUUUCUUCUGCUUACUUUGACCGUCUGUGUAGGGGCGGCCGUAGCGGUUAUCCCGUGAGGCUUGGAACGCAAAGAUUGUUAACAGUGCGGAGGAACAAUCAGUUUACACGCACCGCGUGAAAAGCUAUUGUAUGCAAAACCCUUCCCCUCUUCCACACAAGCUGUGCUGCACGCUUUCAUACGAAGUGGUCACUCGGCGAAACUAGCAACAGAUUUUGUGAGUCAGUGAAAAAAUGAUUGAAUUUAAGUCUCUGAGCCACAAACAGACGCGGAUACCUGCCUGGUUCACCAAGUAAACUCCUAAGUGAGCACCGCUAGCUUCCAGUUACCGUGCGCACGCUGGCAGCGCUUGGUUAGCCUGGGAGUUUUACGUUAACUGGCUGAUGUUCAAAUCAGAGGUCCUCCUGCUACGAGUUCCUGAGUUCUCACAGUGUCUUUCAAGUUUGUUUUCUCUCUCUCUGGUUUAUUGUCGCCUGCUUACUGCAACGAGAAGGGUUACAAAAUUAGAGGAAGGUUGGAAAAUCUUGAACGCCGUGACUGCGGUGUCAUUCAAUGAGGAAGCAACAUUUAUUACAGAAUAGAGUUGGAAACAGAAACUGAGAGAAAACCUAUUUCAACCCAGCACCAAGACCUCGGACAGGUCACUGCUAACCCACAGUACGUCCAGGCUGUGUUGAUAGAAAGAUAGACACGAACGCGGGCUCACGUAUUAACUACGCCCGGGUGCAUUAUGAUUUCAGGACGUAUUCAGCCCCGUAUAACCCGGCGUCACCGGACAAUUGUUCAUAAAAUGUACUGGGCCUUGCUAUCGCUGCUCAUCCUUGCGCAGCACGGGGAGGGGUGUAUCCUCCUGCUGAACGGAUGGAUGCCCCUAGGAAUCCCAGAGCGUGCCAUGUUAGCAGAUGUAGUGGCCACGGGGUACACUGACAAGACGUACAAGGCCAGUCGCACGCGGGCAGGCACCUACGUUGCCCAGUUUAAACUGCUAAGUAUCCUUAAAGGUGGGAAAAUUAUGUCGGGGAUGGGGAAGGAAAACUCCAUACACUCUCAUAAACAUAUGCAGCAAUUGCAGCAGCAUCAUUUUUACAAUAUCAGUAAUUUUGGAGAUAAAACAAUGUGCUAUGCGGAUGUCCACGAGGGGGAGACAUAUAUAUUGUUUCUUACAACAUUUGACGGCCGUCUCUCUGCAAAAUACGAUGAUAUCUUCGGCGCCGCUGUAUCUUACAGCAGGGAAAACGAAAGGCAGGUCUUGGCGGCAUUAGGAUGGAAGGAAUGGUCUUCGUGGUCUUCAUGCAGUAGCACGUGUCACGGGGGCGUGCAGGUGAGAGAACGCAACUGCACGAGCCAAGCGCGAGGCUGCGACGGUCCGGCAAGAGAAGAGAGACGCUGCAAUAUUUUCAAAUGUCACGGUUUAAUCGACGUCACCUCCAGACUACUCCGACCACGAUCGCCCUAUAUCAUGCAAUCUGUGGACCGUCCAAACGCCUUCAUCCUCGAUGCUACCUCAAGUGUCCACGUGCCUACAAUUCACGUCAUACCUCGCGGAUUACCGCCGGAUUUCUCCGUCGUCGUCACAGCACGUGCCGAGCCCGGUAACCAUGGUUACCUUCUAUCCAUUACGGAAUUAACCGGAACAGUCCGACUAGGCAUCCGCUUGGGCGAAACCCCGAUUUUUGAAUACACGGAUCACAGAGGGCAGCCGGGAGAUAAGUCUCCGAAAUUCCCGACAAAUCUGGUCGAUGGACAGUGGCACCAAUUUGCGUUCAGUGUGCGUGGGGAAACUGUGAGUUUGUAUGUGGACUGUGCUCUCGAAUUUUCUCGUGCCUUCUCCAGAGAUCAGUGGAGCAGCAUUCCCAUCAACACUGUGACAUCUAUCGGCGGAGUGUUUGGUCAACUCGACCCCAAAACUAAAUUUGUGGGUGAGAUUGAGCAACUGCUGUUGGUAGCGGACCCUGACGUUGCUAGGCAACAGUGUCAACCCUGGCAAGAUGGCAGCACUAGUCUUGAAGCGUCAUUGCCAGCCGCUGCCGUGGUGAACGAACAGCCGCAGCCCUUACAGACGGAGCCAGACGACGCCGGGAACGGGGCCAGUGAGUUGGCCAAAGCUCAGGAGAGAAGAACAAGAUAUGAAGUCACGUGGUCCAGCUGGAGCCCGUGCAGCGUGUCAUGUGACCGGGGUGUGGAGACACGGACGGCGUUCUGCAAGGACAAUACCGUGGCUUUAGAGGAGUGCCUAGGACACGGGAAAUCGAGCCUGGAGAAGAGGCCGUGUUACAGGGAGAAAUGUGAAAAAGAGGUGUGUAAUUUGAAGUGUGUAAACGGUGGCCGCUGUGUAGACAACACAUGUUUAUGUCCUCCGGGAUUUGAGGGGCACAGAUGUCAAAAAGCCCUGUGUUCUCCCCCGUGUCAACAAGGUGGUAAAUGUGUGGCCAGGAACCAGUGUAGUUGUCCCCCAGGGACAAGACUGCCUGACUGUAAACCUAUAUGUGACGGUGGCUGUCUAAAUGGCGGGGAAUGUGUGGCACCCGGGAUGUGCAAGUGUUCCACGCAGUACACGGGAGACAGGUGCCAGACUCCUGUGUGCAGACAUGGUUGUGCUAACGGCGGGAGAUGUGUGGGUCCUAAUAGGUGCUCCUGUAGGAAUGGCUACAUGGGGAGACAAUGUCAGUCCCCAAUCUGUUUUCCUGACUGCCAAAAUGGCGGCUCCUGUGUCAGUCCGUACACGUGCCAAUGCAAGAGCGGUAGUGAGGGGAAAUAUUGUGAGACUUUUACUUGCUCGUCGAAAUGUAUUAACGGUGGCACGUGCACUGGACCGAACACGUGCUCCUGCCCACGUGGUUACACUGGAAACUACUGCCAGACAGCCACCUGCCCCCGUGGAUGUCACAACGGAGGGGACUGUAUAGCCCCUAGCCACUGCCGCUGUAAAAACGGGUUUUAUGGAAAAUCAUGUGAGAAAAAACGUUGCCGUUACGUCCAGACAAGCGAGUCAUACCGAAGAGGCUACCAGAGAAAAUAUAAACAAGCCUAUGAAACAAAGUGUGGGCCUUGGGGCUGGAAAACGUGCACGGAAGUCAGAACCAUCUACAAGACGAUAUACAAGACAUUUUUCAGGCCUGUUUACAAGUGUAUUUAGCCGUAGUGGACAACAUGGCGUUUUUUGUACUCCAGUUGCCUCGUUAUUGUUGCUGUUUGUUGUUAAUUUUUGUAUAUUGGUUUAUUUAUUUUGCUACAGAUAGAAAAUAUAUUUUUAUA